AUUAUUUUUUAAGUGUGGCUGAAGUGUUCAAAUACUUUUUGGGACACUGACUGCAUAUCCUCUCUAAAUGUAUAGUAUGGGACUGUUAUUCUUCUUCUUCACCCUUUACCUAAACACCUCUCCUGCUAGAGCUUGCUGCCUUGACCUGAAAGUGGGUGGAGUAGAAGUGAGUAGUAUGAACAGGUAAGUUGUGAGUCAGUACUGUGUGCUCUCACCUACUAUCAGAUCUCACACGUCAAACCUUUCCAAAUGAUUAAACAGAGAGGUAGCGGCAUUUACAACUUUCAUGCAACUGGAUCUAACACGGAAUACUGCUCUGUUUGACGCUUGACUGGAUAAAUGCUGAAGAAAACGCAAGGCUCGGCCGACGUGGACGCGUCGCGCAUUCUUGUGAAGGGGCCCGAGUUCUUGAGGAGACAGUUGGAGCGGGAGAGCGAGGCGAAUAAAGGGCGCGUCAGUGCGGUGGAGAGGUUGGCAGCCACUAAACCUCAAUAUGUAAAAAGCCAACAGGCGGUCGGUUCCCAUCAAGAGCCCGUCAUCAGCUUCGGGUCUGCCUCCGUGAGCAGUCAAGGGUCCUCUAACGGGUUCGGUUCCGUUAAGAAAGCCGCUAGUGUUGAUGUUGGAGAUGAUAAACUGUCGCCUCAAGAAGAUUCCAAUGUAGUUAGACGAACCAGCUCGAAAAAACGACCUGACUCGAUUUUAUUAUAUAGACAGAGGUGUGAACUCCUGAGAGGGUCACCACUAGUCGGGAGCAGGAAAUUGAUUAAAAAGGCGUUAUUCUCCACACAAAACAAGACAAAAGCGUUUUCUGAGGCGCAGGGUGGCGCAUUUGAUUCUGAGGUGUAUGAUAAAAAAGACCGCGCGCUUGGAGCCACGCGUAAAGAUUGCGAAAAAGAGACUUCUCGGGUAAUUUUACCUAUCUCAAAAGGGUCAACGAAGUUCGACCUGAAGCCAGGUGAGACAGACGAUGUGACGACGAGGGCACCUAUUCACAAGAGCGUCGAAGACACGCGUGCGCACGAGCGCAAGAGUCAGAGGGGAGUGGCGCGCUCGAGCUCUGAUAUCAGUUCGCGCUACUCGAAAAACUUCGCGGACUUCGACUCGUUCUUCAAAUACUGCGGCCUCGAUGGUGAUGUCAUCGAGUCCCUGGGCAAAGAGAACUUUUACGCGCGCUCGGACGACCUCAGCCUGAAAAUACGAAGCGCCAGCGUUUCGACGUCAGAUGAUGGAUUCUCGAGGAGCAGCGGCGGCCUUCUGGAGGAAGAACUGCAAGUACAAGAGAAGGUCCGUCAAGGCCAAGGGUCGUCAGUCGUUGAGCGCAACGCUCGGAUCAUCAAGUGGCUUUACAGCUGCAGAAAUGCAGCGGAGUCAGGAAAGACUCUUCGAGACCUUGAUUAACUUGUUAAUGUCAAAGGGUCAUCACACAUAAAGUUCCCUUCUAUUUGACAUAUAGCAAUAAAAAGUUAGGCGCAUGAUUCUGUAUCUGUAAAUCAGUUUGCACAUUCAGGAUUACUUAUGGGUGUUGUGUUGAACUCUGUUUCCCACCAGCAGAUCUGUAUGGGGGGAACAGUUUCUUAUGGUAACAUUCUCCGCUGUCAGAAUGCGUUCCCCUAUGCACAAUCCUAAACCUAACCCUUCUCUUCCCUACCCUACCAUAUCCUACCUACCUUAACCCUAACCCUAACCCUAACCUACACUACCCUACCUACCCUAACCCUAACCCCAUACUCUAUCGGGGCUAGGGGGAAACAGAUUCCAACGGGUAACACAUUUCGAUACAACAAUGGGCGAUACCACUUAUUUUCUUUUAGAUCUGAUACCAAGUAGGUUAUUAAGUAAUAUAUUGCUGAUACUGAUACCUCUAUUAUUUUUUUUAUUCAUUUUUUUUUUUUUUCAAAUUCUUGGUAUAAAAUGGGUCAUUUAAUGUAUUAGGCUAUUUUAAAAAUAUAUUUUUAAAACAUUUACAGGUAUGAAAUGGAAAUGUCUUCUUUUUAACCAUAUGAAAAUGAACCAUGGUUUUAAUACAAAGUUAACAAUUGAUCUUUAUAUCUAUAUUAUACAAUAGUGACAGUAACCAUAGUUUAACUGGUAUUUGUAUUAAAAUCAUAGUCAUGGUAAAGUCAUAUUAACCAUAAAAUUUACCAUUGUUACAAAAGUCAUAGUUACUUCAAUACUACUAAAACCGUGACUAAUUAUCUUAAGGGUAUCAUUUAUUAACACAAUGUGUAACUCAAUGCUUUAACAACUUUAAAUGUAAAUAAUCUUACAAACAAACCCAAUGCAAUAAAUAUCAUAUUUAGAUUUG